GAGACUGAUUGGAUAUGUAAUGAGGGGGCGGUGUUUCAUAGCUUUGAUAAUCUGUGGAGCUUUUAGUUCAAGAGUUGGCUUUCACACGGUGACUGUAAAUGUAACAGAGUCCACUGAACCAAGGGUUGGAUUUUUAAAUGACUUUAUUCAUAAUUUUGUGGUAUAAUCUUCGGAAACAGCUGUGACAACAGCAUAUUUUUUGUAGGCUAUUAAGCAGAAUGCAACAUUUUGGUAUAAAUAUGAGCUUUUUACAGUGUUUUAUGGGUAUUUUUACGUUCCCUGUUGGUCUUUUUGUUUGUUUGUUUUAUUAAUGCUUUGGGUUGUGUUCAAGACAAAGGGGAAAGAUUGUGAUUAUUUAUUUAUGACUUUUUGAAGAAAAAAAAAAGGUUCAAGAUAGACUAUUUAAAAAAGGAAUUAGCCUAUGAAUUAGCCGAUAAAUUCGUUAGGUAGGCUAUAUGUUUUUUUUGUUUGUUUGUUUGUUGUUGUUUUCAAAUUAAAAAGUUAGGCCACUGUUUUCAGUAGAAUAGCUACAUUUUCCCCGCAGUUUGUUCCAUCUGAUUCAUUCCUUCCGUUUGUAUUGAAUUUAAAUCGCCGACAAAUGCCUGUCAACUAUCUAUGAUUAAAAAACAAUUAAAACGUAAAACGUUGUAGACUACAUAGGCUAUAUGCGAUCUCCUAUGUCUAUUUUUGACCCCCUCAUGGAGCCAACAUGGUUAGCCUAAAUUAAAUGUGUUUCUUUGCAGGGUUAGAGGUCAAAGUCAAAGGUGAGGUUCGACACACGGUCACUCUGUGAGGAUUCACAACACGACUUUCAACAUGAUUGUCCGAAUAAUUUAAAGUGUGAAAUAAACGAAAUUAUUGUGGACUUUAAAUUCACAUUAAACAUGCUGGAGGAGAAGUUUUAUCCAGCUAAAUAAGGACAGAAUAAACGAGUUCAGUUUAAUUUAGGGAGAAGCACGAACACUGUAAAACAUGAUAGCCCUAUAAAGUUAUUUGAACUUAUUCAAAUGUCGUGUCAAAUUUUGGAUUUUGAACUCAAGUUUGUAAGUUUUCAAAAAUUAACCUUAAAAGUAAUUCAUUGACUACUAUUUUUGAGUUGAAACAAUUGAGUUUACUCAUGUUUGGUUGAGUUUACUCACUCUUUGAAUUAUCCACAGUAAAAAUGCAGAGUUUCAUGCAAGAUGCGUAUCGUUCAAGCAGAAAGCAAACUUGUGCUGUGAGUCACUUAGAUUAAAUAUCUACCUGAAGAAUGCCACAUUGGUCAAUUUUAUAAUGGGAAUUUUCAAUGGAAACACACGCAUAAAGAAGCGUAAAUAGAUGAAUAGGAUUUGAAACAUUCGCAGUUUUAAUAAGCCGUUUUUUCUAAUGCACUGCACUGCUGAAAUGUGGUAGCCUAAUUUUGUUUAAUUUAUUUCAUAUUUAGUCGAUUGUUUUCUUCCUAAAUUAUGCAUUUUGUUAGACUGGCAAAUCCGUAAAUGAUUCUGAACUGUAUAAGGGCAAUGUGAAGAUAUUUUGAUGUCCAGUAGGGGGCUCACUAGAACACAUGGACUUACGUUCAUAUGGAUUUGCCCUACGGAAAUUUUUUAAAAGCAACGAAAAAAAUUUAGUCUAUAUGUUUCUUUGUUUUGCGAUACAGAAUAUUUUGAAAAUAAAUGCAUAUAGGCAUACUUUUCUAUUUUUGUUUUAUGUUGCUACUUUAUCAAAUGCAGUUUAAACCCGGAGAUAAUUUCGUUGCCUCUACGUGUAUUUAACGUCCAUGCGUUGGUCCACUUCUCACUGAACACCUGCAUGAAAUACUUAAAACUUAACUUAAAACAUAUUUCCUAUUUAAUUAAUUGCCAAGUACUUUUCGUGUGCGUUACUCAGCGUGGCAUUUCACAGUUAUGUUUGGAGAAACAAGUGUGAGUUUAAUCUUCAAUUCCUCGGUACACGGUAUUCAAAAUAUUUCCCGUGGUCGGAUCUCCGCGCCGGGCUGCUGCUGCUGAUAUUCGGGGGCGCGUGGUCCAGGUUUGCAUGUGACGUCAGGGCCCGGUGACGUCAGAGCCAGUGUCUGUGUGUUGCUCUUCCCACAGGCUCUUCGUCCAGAAGUUAUUAGUAAGCUCGGGACGAGGCAGUUUCCCAUUCCAUUUCCUCAUCUGUAAGCCUUCUGCCUUAACCCUCCUGUAUGGUGGAUAUUCUACCCCAUCCUUCUUUCUUGGGUGAUAUGGGGGAUCAUUCCAAAAAGAAGUCUGGAAUCGCCAUGUGUGUAGGCUGUGGAAGUCAGAUCCAUGAUCAGUACAUACUGCGAGUGUCCCCGGACCUGGAGUGGCACGCAGCCUGUCUGAAGUGCGCAGAAUGCAGUCAGUACCUGGAUGAGACGUGCACUUGCUUCGUCCGGGACGGCAAGACUUAUUGCAAGAGAGAUUACGUACGAUUAUUCGGGAUUAAAUGCGCCAAAUGCAACAUCGGUUUCUGCAGCAGUGACCUGGUGAUGAGGGCCCGGGAUAACGUGUAUCACAUGGAGUGUUUCAGGUGCUCGGUGUGCAGCAGACAUUUGCUCCCGGGAGAUGAGUUCUCUCUGCGGGAUGAGGAGCUGCUCUGCCGGGCGGAUCACGGGCUGCUAAUGGAGCGCGCUUCAGCCGGGAGUCCCAUCAGUCCCGGAAACAUUCACUCCAACAGGCCCCUGCACAUCCCAGGUAAACCUGUGCCAGUUCGUCAGCCACCUCACCGGAACCACGUUCAUAAGCAGUCUGAGAAGACCACGCGUGUGCGGACAGUAUUAAACGAAAAGCAGCUUCACACUCUCCGGACGUGUUAUAAUGCAAACCCGCGACCGGACGCGCUAAUGAAAGAACAGCUAGUGGAAAUGACCGGCCUGAGCCCACGCGUCAUACGAGUGUGGUUCCAAAACAAACGCUGCAAAGACAAGAAGAGGUCCAUACUUAUGAAACAACUACAACAACAGCAACACAACGACAAAACGAAUCUUCAAGGUCUCACGGGAACGCCUCUGGUGGCAGGCAGCCCGAUUAGACAUGACACCACAGUCCAGGGAAAUCCUGUAGAAGUUCAAACCUAUCAGCCUCCGUGGAAAGCCUUAAGCGAAUUUGCCUUACAGAGUGACCUGGACCAGCCUGCUUUCCAACAGCUGGUGUCAUUUUCCGAGUCGGGUUCGCUGGGUAACUCGUCUGGUAGUGAUGUGACCUCUCUGUCAUCGCAGUUACCCGACACCCCCAACAGCAUGGUGCCCAGUCCCGUGGAGACGUGAGAGCCCACCGGAGACUCCUGCCCGAGCAUGCCCUCACCCCCCUGCAUGAAAACCCAUCACCUCACCGCCUCAAACGGAAAAAAGGGAUUAACCAAGAUGGAUUUAAACAGUUUGCCAAACGGAGGAGCCUGUCCAAGCGACUUUGGGGUUUCCAGACGUGUUACAAAACUGUUUUUAAAGCAUUUGGACCGUAUAUCCAGGACGUCCAAUGGAAUAUGAACACGUUAUUUUGGUUUUGAUUAUGGACCACUGUCAACCUUACGAAAACAACAGUCUUAACAGUGUUUAUUCAAGACCAUCAUUGUGUAGCUUUAUGAACAAGUGGUAUUUUCCAUAUGAGACAAAAAUCAACUUUUUUUGUCUUAAUGCGCAUGAUCUCUCCGAAGAUGUAUAAAACUGAGCUGUAAAAUAUUUUAUCUUAACGAAUGGAUGACAGAUUGUAUAAACUCCUCGAUUUAAAAAGUAAGUUAUUGUUAUUUAUUGUCAGGACAACCGUCCAUACCAAAAAGUGAGAAAUUACAAAUAAACGACGUUAAAUGCUG